UUUCAAAACUGUUUUGCUAUACGACUUUACAACAGUACAUCUCUUCGUAAUUGAACUAGAUUUUCUCAGAUCUGUACGGUUUAUAGCGUGAAUUUAUUGCGUUAUUUCAGUGAAAUUUUUAGCCAUGGAGGCCCUUUAUUUCGAAACAAAUCGCCUGAUUCAGGACACACAAGGCUACUUUCAACAAUUGAACAAUCCUCGAGUCGACACGUCAGAAGCAGAGAGCAAUAUUUUGAAAAAUAUUGCAAUGGUCAAUGCAAACUGUGAUCGCUUGGAUGUGUUAGUAUUCAAAGUGCCUGCUGCACAGAGGCCAAAUGCAAAAAUGCGCGUGGACCAACUGAAAUACGAUAUAAGACAUUUGCAGGCCGCACUGCAAUCAUGGCAGCAGAAGAAAGAACGCCGUGAACUGGAGCGAAGUGAACGAGAGCAAUUGCUUAGCCGUAGGUUUACGGCAAAUUCAGAGACAUCAAUUGACAUUGAUUACUCGUUACAGCAUAACAAUUCAAUGAUGAAUGCACAUCGAGGAGUAGAUGAUAUGCUAUCGUCUGGUAACAGUACACUUGACAGUCUUCGGUCGCAGCGUGAAAAACUGAAGGGAGUUAGCAAACGAAUUCUCGAUAUGGGCAACACGCUCGGACUUUCAAAUCACACAAUGAAAUGGAUUGAGAAUCGCAUAUCGCAAGAUAAAUAUGUGGUUUACAUUGGAAUGGUCGUCACAUUGUUAAUUAUAUUCAUUUUCAUUUACUACUUCGUAUUUUAA